GGGGCAGACACCCUGGCCUUCAUGUCUCUCCUGGAGGAGAAGUUCAUCCCGGUGCUGGUGAGUGUGCCCAGACCUCCCAGCAUCCAUGGCCAGCAGGGGAGGGGUCGGGCACACACAGACCCACACAGAGACUCAGGACAGCAUGGGGGUCAGAAGCCCACCUUGAAUCAGACAGGUUCACUGGCUCAGACCUGCCUGUUUCUUCCUGCCUACCCAAUCCAGGUACAUACUUUUUGGAUAGACACCAAGAACUAUGUGGAAGUGACCCGGAAGUGGUAUGCAGAGGCUAUGCUCUUUCCCCUCAACUUCUUCCUGCCUGGCCGCAUGCAGCGACAGUACAUGGAACGGUUACAGCUGCUGACUGGGGAGCACAGGCCUGAGGACGAGGAAGAGCUGGAGAAGGAGCUGUACCGAGAGGCUCGGGAGUGUCUGACCCUGCUCUCUCAGUGCCUGGGUUCUCAGAAGUUCUUUGGAGAUGCCCCUGCCUCCUUGGACGCUUUCAUCUUUAGCUACUUGGCCCUGCCGCUGCAGGCAAAGCUGCCCAGUGGGAAGCUGCAGGUCCACCUGCGGGGGCUGCACAACCUCUGUGCCUAUUGUACCAACAUUCUCAGUCUCUACUUCCCCUGGGAUGGAGCUGAGGUACCACCACAACGCCAGACACCAGCAGGCCCAGAGACUGAGGAGGAGCCAUACCGGCGCCAGAACCAGAUCCUAUCUGUGCUGGCAGGACUGGCAGCCAUGGUGGGCUACGCCUUGCUCAGCGGCAUUGUCUCCAUCCAGCGGGCAACGCCUGCUCGGGCCCCAGGCACCCGGACCCUGGGCAUGGCUGAGGAGGAUGAAGAGGAAUGAUUUGUCCUCACACUCCCAAGACUGGUUUUUCUACUCUUGUGCAUUCCAGAGGCCCCCGUGCCUCCUCCUUGUUGGUACAGCUGGACACGGGGUGCUGCCCCCCAGAAUAAAGCCACUCACACUGA